UGGUGUGGGUUGCAAUUACAUGGGAUCGGCGUGUUGAUUCUAUUGUUUUGAACGUAUAUUUGUUGGUGAUGGGGCCGCUGACCCCGUGUGGCUGCUGCCAGCUGCGCGCCGCGGACAAGGAGCUGCAGGCGCCGUACACCCGGCUCGGCGCGACCGAGGUCUACGCCCACAUGCUCCGAGAAUGCUUCGGCAUUCACGUGGCACUGAGCAGUGAAGACUCUUAUGGGAUCUGCUCGGUGUGCGUGGGCCGCCUGCAAGAUGCAAGUGACUUCAAGCUGCAAGUGCUGCAUACUCAGGCGGAGCUGCAGGCGGGGCUGCAACAAGAGGCGCAUGUUAAAAAAGAAGAAUUAAUACUGGAGUCAGAAACGGAGUAUGGAGAUGUGGCCGGUGACGAGCCGGUGUCGGUUGCGUUAGACGGCGCGGCUGGAGCGGACGCGGAGCCGGCGCCGUCAGUGUCUUUGCGCGCCAGACAGCAGCUCGCGAUGGCUUGCUGCGUGAGGCUCGCGCGCCUCCGCGACUCCCCGCGCGCGGGCCAGCCGUGCCCCGCGCCGCCGCCCGCCACUGUGCAGCGAGAGCCCCGCACACAACCCUACACCUGCGACACUUGCCAGGCGCACUUCACGCACAAGUCCACCUUACUCACACAUAUACAGAACCUUUGCGAACGAAGAAACAAACGUGAAACCUCCUUAAAACUGUUUACACAUAAAGAGAAAGUCAAAACAAAUGAGAAUACUCAGACUGCAGUUAAACUAUACGAAUGUAAGGAAUGUAUGAAGCGAUUUAGUCGAAAGUAUAACUUACGUAUACAUGAAAAAUAUCACAGCAGACGGAAACCUUAUGUAUGUAAGGUUUGUAACAAGCGGUUUACACAAAAAGGGGAUUUAAAACGUCAUGAGAUAACUCACGGUGGAGUAAAGCCAUAUAUUUGUAAAGUUUGUAACAAGGGGUUUACUCAAAAAGGGAAUUUGAACAAUCAUGAGAAUAUUCACAGUGGAGUGAAGCCAUAUGUAUGUAAGGUUUGUAACAAGCGGUUUACAGGGGGCUUUAAAACAUCUAAUAAAUUAGGACCUUAUAUAUGUGCGGUUUGCAACGAGCGGUUUAGAUCUAUAUGGCAUUUAAAAAGUCAUGAGAAUACUCACAGUGGAGUGAAACCUUAUGUAUGUAAGGUUUGUAACAAGCGGUUUACACAAAAAGGGGAUUUAAAACGUCAUGAGAUAACUCACGGUGGAGUAAAGCCAUAUAUUUGUAAAGUUUGUAACAAGGGGUUUACUCAAAAAGGGAAUUUGAACAAUCAUGAGAAUAUUCACAGUGGAGUGAAGCCAUAUGUAUGUAAGGUUUGUAACAAGCGGUUUACAGAAAAAGGGGCUUUAAAACGUCAUGAGAAUACUCACAGUGGAGUGAAGCCACAUGUAUGUAAGAUUUGUAACAAACGAUUUAUUCGAAAAGACAGUUUAAAAUAUCAUGAGGGUACUCACAGUGGAGUAAAGCCAUAUAUAUGUGCGGUUUGCAACGAGCGGUUUAGAUCUAUAUGGCAUUUAAAAAGUCAUGAGAAUACUCACAGUGGAGUGAAGCCAUAUGUACGAGUAUGUACGGUUUGUAACAAGCGGUUUAGAUCUACAGGGCAUUUAGAAAGUCAUGAAAAUACUCACAGAGGAGUGAAGCCAUAUUCAUGUAAGGUAUGUAACAAGCGGCUUACACAAAAAGGGGGUUUAAAAUAUCAUGAGAAUACUCACAGUGGAGUGACGGCAUAUGUAUGUAAUAUUUGUAACAAGCGAUUUACUCAAAAAGACAGUUUAAAAUAUCAUGAGGGUACUCACGGAGUGAAGCCAUAUAUAUGUACGGUUUGUAACAAGGGGUUUGUAAAAACAGGGGAUUUAAAACGUCAUGAGAAUACUCACAGUGGAGUGAAGCCAUAUGUAUGUAAAGUUUGUAACAAGCGGUUUACAUUUACAUCUAAUUUAAAAAGUCAUGAGACUACUCACAGUGGAGUGAAGCCACAUGUAUGUAAGGUUUGUAACAAGGGGUUUGCACUAAAGUCGACUUUAAAACGUCAUGAGAUAACUCACCGUGGUGUCAAAGCACAUACAGCACAAAAAAAGAGAGGAAUAAAACCAUACGGUUGUGAGGAAUGUAAUGAAGGGUUUACAAGAAAAGUUUAUUUAGAUACACAUAGAAAAAGAGCCCACGAUGGAGCCAUGUCAUAUAAAGGUUUAGCCUAUGACAUGCAUUUAACACGAAAAGGGGCUACAGAAAAUCAUGAAACAACUCAGCCGAAUAAUGAAAAAAGUAACAAACAUACAGAUGAUGGAAAUAGUUCAGAUAGGCAUAUUGGAGUGAAGCCAUACACUUGUGAAGAAUGUAAGAACCAGUUUGCAUCACAGUCGGAGUUAGACAGACACAAGAGGAUCCACUCCGGAGAGGAGUCGUACGAGUGCGAGAUAUGCGAAUCUUUAUUCUUUGAUGAAGCCAGUUUAAUAACUCAUGUUAAUACUCAUGCAGCCAGAAUCGCAAAAAAGUAAUGAGUUGGUUCUUAAAAUAGUAAGGCAACUCUGCUUAAUGGGACCAGACAUCCUAGUGUUGGUCGAUUACUCAGAUCAAACACUAUAUUUUGCUGUCGUCGUGUUCAAAAGCAUGCGUGGGAUCAUAGCUUCCGAACGGAUGAACCAAUUUAGUUUGUUUUUGUUUCAUAGUUGUCGACUCGUUGCGUUUGUAUGUAUGUUUACUUUACAUAGUGUGCCUUACAGAAAUAGUAACCUAACAUAACCACAAAAUUAAAAUUUAGAUAAAUCCCACGAUCGCGACAUAGUGGACCGAUAUUCAUGAAACAUGGCUA